AUGGCGGCAACCAUCAUUGUGAUCGCCCUCGUCGGUCUUCCUCUCCUCUUCCUCCUCCGUCACCUCCGACAAGAACCCUCCCUACCCCUCCCCUCGGGACCCAAAGGCAAGCCCAUCUUUCAAGAGCGCUACGGUAUUUCCCUUCGCCAGCCCUAUUCCUAUGUCCUCGAUCUAACCCCACCAGGGCCCAUUUCUUCCAUUACGAUCCUCGGCCAAACCAUGAUCCUCCUCCACGAUGCCCGCAUGGCCGUUGAGCUUCUCGAGAAGCGUUUCUCCAAUUACUCUUCCCCGACCUCGUCUAGUCUUUGCCGGAGAGAUGACGACGUCCUCGCCCUACAACCCUACAACGGACGAUUCCGCGCCUAUCGCAAAGCCAUGCACCAGAUCCUGGGGACCACAUCGCUCGUGGCGAAGUUCAAUCCCUUGCAGGAACUCGAAGCGCGACGGUUCGUGCAGCGAUUUUUGGAUGAUCCGGCAGAUUGGGUGCAACAUAUCAAAACAUCUGAGUGGGACAGGGAAGCCGGAGCAAUCAUCCUGCAGAUUGCCUACGGGCACACCCUAGGUCGCGCCUGGCGAGCUCAACUCCUCGCGACGAUGGAGACGCCCUACCGAAUGGUCCAGGAGCGGAUGGCCAACGGCACACAGGGUCCAUCUUAUCUGUCCGCUUUGCUGGAGAAAAAGGAGUCCCUGACGGAAGAAGAGGAGCUGAUUGCCAAGUGGAGUGCGGGAUCCUUAUUUACCGGGGGAGCUGAUACGACCGUCUCGACCAUAAUGGCCUUCUUCCUCGCCAUGUCCCUCCACCCCGACGUCCAAGUCAAAGCCCAAGAAGAAAUCGAUCGUGUUCUGGGCCCACAUGUGCAUCUCCAUGCGGUAUAG